UCUCUUAUCUUUUUCUAUUAUAAGUAGUUUAUUAUUUGGGAUGUCCAGGUUUAGUGUGUUUUGUGUUGUUUUUAUGUUUGUUAAAUUUUCAGUGAUCACCAGCGAUGCCACGGUAACACAAAGCUGCGAGAGCGGGUCAUUAGUGGAACACUUCUUCAACGUCAUCUUCUCAGAGUUCCAGAACCGUCCACCCGCGUGUGUGUGUGUCCAAAUCUGUCCAGACGAACCCACAUACUGUUACCCGAAUAACUGCUUUAAACCUGUUAAAAGGAGGAAUGAAAAUCCGGUGUCUAAAAUAGAAGGACAUAAACAGAAUGUCAUGUUUUUGAUUGAAAAUGAGAAGGAGCUGUUCGAUAUAUUUGAAGAACGUGAGAAAGGGAGGACGGAGAGGCCGGUAAAUGAAUUCAUAUUGCGUCCAAAUCCAUUUAAGGAGUUAGUAUUAAAGCACAAGAGGCUGCCUAAAUUGGAAAUGAGGUAUAAUUUACGGGAACAAGUUAAGAAUACUAAAUCCGACAAAUUGAAGGGGGACGGUGUAAAUCUUUCAAAAACGAGGUGGCCACUGAAUAAACAAGUGUUUCACAGCAAGCAGCCCCGCAGCGAAAUAAAACAUUUUAAGGGAAACGAUGACACGAGACAAACAAAGUUUUUUGCGUCGAUGUUUACAGAACAUGAGCCGGUGAAUUAUACUCCCAAAUACUUGAGGAAGUAUCUGACGAAACGAGAAAAUGGCGAUGUUAAUUUGGAAGCAUUGUAUUUGUAUAAAACGGAUUACGCUAAUUUUUCUUUAGAAACUUUAAUUGACAAUAUGAUUGACAAAAGUUUGGAUGAAAACGUGGAAAGUGCGACGGUGGAUUUGAAUGUAUACAUGAAUAAUGAAAGCGAAGCAUCGACUGAAACAACAAGAAAAGUUUUAAGAAAUGUUGAUAAUGAUAAUGAAAUACGUGAACACAAAGUUGGUCUAGAUGUUAUAUCAUUGAAUUCAAGCAACGAAACGGUUGAUAGAAAUAAAUACCAAGAAGACGUUGGCAUUCAAGACAGCGUAAAUAAAAGCGUCAUAGAAAUGAUAGAAAAGCUUUCUCAAGAAAUUGAUAAGCAAAAUAAUAUAACUAUUGAAAUAGUUGAGAAGUUAACUGGAAGUAAGGUUGAGACGACAUUAAGCGAUAUGCCACUUAUUAGUAUAGAUAUAAACGAAGACAUUCAUCCGACUUACGAAGUGGUUAAAAGGAAUUCAGUCACAGAUAAAUUAACAAAAAGUGCUAAUCUUAGUACACUUGAUUCCCAAGAAAUAUUUUCGACUUCUAAACCAAUCGUAACCACACAGAAAAUAUUGAAAACGAAAAGUAAACGAAAUAUAAGGAAAUUAAAGAACAGGAAGCAUUAGUAAUAUUCUUGGAAAACA